AUGUAUGAGUUUGAUCGCAAAGCAUCUGUGCCACAGGAGUAUUUGACCCAGCCCAAGCGGUGGAUGAAGACCAAGGGCGAUAUCUUUGAGGCUUACGUGGCUGCCGCUAUAUUAUCUGAUCCCAUCACUGGCUAUCAGAAGGCUGAGAAAUGGUUGACACAGUUAUGGCUGCCUAAGCUUUCAGGUCUUGCGGUUCAACAGCCGGUCAUGAAUGCAAAGGAGAAUCUUGCUAGAAAGAUCAUGGGCAAAGACAUCAAGUUGAAAUAUAUUGAUGAGCGUGAGCCUAUCCAGCCAGAGAAGGGGAAGCAAACAUUCUUCAUUGAUAAUAAUAUCGGCUGCUAA